CUUUCAACAGUAUUAGUAAAUGGCUGCCUCUGCAGGGAGCCAUGAUGAAACUACAUUACUUCCCCACUGGGGUCUUCAUCAUAUUCCCUGCAACAUUCAUCACCACGUUCUCCAUAGCCAUAUUACUGGGACAUGUUGAGGUCGAUUUUCCAUACAUCAGUGACACUGGGACUACCCCUCCAGAGAGCUGCAUCUUUAGUCAACUCCUCACUGUUGGAACUGUUCUUUUGGGUAUCACUGUUUAUGUGCGAUACCGACAGAUCCUCGAGUACCACCCAAAUCACUCCAGUAGCUCCACCAUUAUUCGCCUGAACCAUGCAAGUCUUUGGCUUGGCAUAAUUGCUGCAUUUGGUGUUAGUAUUGUUUCAAACUUCCAGGAAACCAGUGUGUUUGUAGUCCAUAUGAUUGGAGCCUUCCUAGCUUUUGGUGUGGGGACUGCCUAUAUAUGGCUGCAAACGGUGCUGUCAUAUAAGAUGCAUCCUGUGGUGAACACCCUCUUCAUGGCUCACUUCCGAACUGCUCUAUCCCUCAUAACAACGGUCUUCUUUUUUAUCAGCUCCAUCUGUGGUACCUUGGCAAGACUACAGUUCCAUGGAAAAAACAUGAGGAAAUGGUAUCCAGAAGAUGGUGGAUUUCAACUUCAUGUUGCUUCCACUGCAUCAGAAUGGGUUAUGGCCAGUGCAUUCAAUGUGUUUAUCCUCACCUUUGUGCGAGAAUUUCAGAAGAUCUCUAUGAACCACCCAGAGUUGUGUCUCUUUGAGGACCAGUCUGCUCUUGUCCAAGCAUCCUACCAUACAGUUUCUGCUGAACAGUACAAGGUACCUGGGGAGAUGGAUUAUGGAUCCAUCAUCACUCAUGGGGACACCACACAUUGGAUGCUAGUGACUCAAAUGCCUCCUGAGCCCAUUGAGAUCCUGGUUAUGGAGAUCUUGCAGAGCUCCAACCUUUUCACAAAUUCAGAAGCAAAGCCUGAAGAGAUGCCACAAUUGUCCAGAUGCCAUUCAAUGCCUUUGUUCUGCUGUGAACCUGUGAUAUAAUGCUUGGAAGAGCUUCCAGUUCACCUCAUGUUUGCAUUUCAUUUUUCCCUUUUCUGUACUGUUGAUAGUCUGUUUUGGUGCAUAUACUGUAUUUACAAUGAGGAA